AUGAGUCCUAUCCCUUUAAGAAGCCGGCCUCAAUCUAAAACAGAUCUUUUAAUUCCUGCUAUCACUCCAAAAGUUUCCCAACCUCCGAAAGUGGCAGGGUCUAGUGGGAAGGCACAAGUUAGUUCUAGUUCUCAAGCCAGCCCGGCAGUUUCUAGUCAGUCUAUUAGUGCUAGCAAAGAAAAAGGAGAUAAGUCUUAUAGAAGUUCGUCAAAGCAGGAUGUUGAAGUUCAAGAUAAAGGGACAAAACGGAAGUUCGAGGAGAAAGAACAUAAAGAAUUAAUUCCGAUGGUUCGUACUAGCUCCAAACCCUCUAUAAUCCAGUGCCAUUCAAACAAUCACAUAUCCAGUCAUCACAAGAGAAAGUUGAGAUGUCUUUAUAUGUGUCCAGUGAAUGAUCAACUUUUUGCAACCAGCGCUUUGGAUGGACUGGUCAACUUGUGGGAAGUUCAAGGCAGGGGGUCAGGUGCUUCUCUACUUAGUACUACAGAUUGUCAAUCCCCAAAGCAAAGGAGAUGGCCAGAAGAUAUUGCCUGGCAUCCCCAUGGAAACAGCCUAUUUUCUGUGUAUACUGCUGAUGGUGGGGAAUCACAAGUAUCAGUUCUAAAUCUAAAUCGAACACAAGGGAAACCUCGUGUUACUUUCUUGGAAGCCAAGCCUCAUGUGAAAGGGAUUAUUAACAGCAUAGUUUUCCCACCUUGGGAGAAUACCUGCUUUGUCACUGGUGGUAGUGAUCAUGCUGUUGUACUCUGGAAAGAGACGGAUGCAGAAAAUGUCUGGAAACCAAAGCAAUUGCAUAGGAGUAUACAUUCAUCUGCUGUUAUGGGCGUUGCUGGGAUGUGGCAAAAGCAAAUUAUACUAUCUGUGGGAGCAGACAAGAGGAUUAUUGGCUUCGAUGCUAAUAUGGAAAGAACAGAGUUUAAGCAUCAGAUAGAUAGUAAAUGCAUGGUGGUUGCUGAAUCAAAAGUUAAAAGAGUAUGA